CUUUUCGGGCUGAAGCCCGUCGCCCCGCAUCUGCUCGUCACACCUGAUCGGGCUGAGCCCGUCGCCCCGCAUCUGCUCGUCGUACCUGAUCGGGCUGAGCCCGUCGCCCCGCAUCUGCUCGUCGCACCUGAUCGGGCUGAGCCCGUCGCCCCGCAUCUGCUCGUCGCACCUGAUCGGGCUGAGCCCGUCGCCCCGCAUCUGCUCGUCGCACCUGAUCGGGCUGAGCCCGUCGCCCCGCAUCUGCUCGUCGCACCUGAUCGGGCUGAGCCCGUCGCCCUGCAUCUGCUCGUCGCACCUGAUCGGGCUGAGCCCAUUUCCCUCUUUAUCGGCUAUUCCUCUUCUCCGAGUGUUGAAAAUCCGCAAAGGGAAACCCUGUUUUUCGCGGAGCCCGCGCUGCGCGCAGCUCGUUUAAGUCGCCGAAGUGCCUAUCGGCGACUUAAGAGCUGCGCUACGCGCGGAGAAAGGGUCCUUGGAGCAUCAUGGCGUAUCCUUCCGCGUCUCUCUCAAACCCGAUCACUCCCUUGCGCCUCGACCCAAAUGGCUCGAGCCCGAACUUCAAGGAGUGGAGCUAUGGGGUUGAUAAGCAUCUCCUAAGCCGUAAAAUUGAGGGGAUUUGCCUCAAGGAUGUCCUCCUCAAUCGCGGCAAAGGAAAGAUGCCGAUCCUUCCCAAGAAGCUCUCGGCCACAGCCACAGGGGAAGAGUUAAAAACCCAUGAGGAAUCCAUGUCCAAGUAUGAGGAAUCUUACAGCGUGUGGGAGCAAGCCGACGCCGCUAUCAUUGGCGUCUUCGUCGGCACUACCCCUUCCGAGCUCGUCAAAACUUACCAUAACUACCCCUCCGCGCACGCCAUCUGGGAGUACCUCAACGACCGCUUCCUCAACAAAACCGCUGUGGGGGUGGCGAUCCUCAUCCCCCGCAUGUUUCAAAAGAGCUAACCUUUGCCAAAGUCUCUUCCG